AUGGCCCCGGCUGCACCUCCUACACUGCCGAUAGCAGGGGCGCUUUCCUUCUCCGACGUCUCGGCCGACUACGCCAUCCCUCGAGCCAUCCUGGCACCACAUCUCCUGCCCCCUUCGCGACAGCAGCCAACGCAGCACCGUCAAGUGCCUCCACCGCCAGCGAUGCACAACCCGUCUGUCCUCCAUCCUGUCUUUUUUACCGAGAAUCUGCAGCGGCGGAGGUCCUUUGGCCAGCCAGCCGUGCCAGUCGCCGUCCCACCCGUGCCCGCGCCCGUGCCCGCGCCUCGCCACAUCCACAACCCUCACCAGGCGCCCUUUAUGCCAUCUGCACCGUACCAAGCGCACCCUGCGGCCUUUCCACUUGCACCGCCGGCACCCCCGUUGCCGCACGCGAGCAGUCCGGUCGCCCACGGCUACAUCUAUCGCGAGAACACGACCUGGCCAAUAGCACAACGAGCUCGUCCAGUCGGUGUCGGCACUGGGACGCCACGCCACAAGCCUUGCCCUAGUGCAACCUUGUUGGGGAAGGCGCGGUGGCAGUUCGUCAUCGACCACUGGUACCUGCCGCUUGCCAACACAAACAUCAUCACUUCCCCUUGGCCUCACAACUUGUCCAUCUGCUCAUCACGCCAACGAUAUAUCCACAGACACUUCACGUCGGCGUGGCUGGCAUCCGACGUUACCGCGACGCACCAAAUUUGCCCAGCGAUUGACUGCAGAACAUACGCCCAUUCGCGCCCACGCACACACCCAUCUCCCGGCCGUCAGUAUGACGUCCUCCGCGCCGACGACGCCGCUGCUUUAUCUAGUGCGUGCGUCGCCCACAAUACCACAAUCCUCGCCGAGUGCAUCGCUUCCGCCUCCAGCCAAACCUCUGCCCUCGCCUCCCUCGUCCUGCCCAAGAUCGACCACAAGACACCACAGAAAUUGACAUUCACGCACGGCUCCAACCACAUCCACUAUGUCGCCGAGGCGCCCAACCCGGACGAUGCCGACAGCACGGCCAGCAGCGCCGGCGGCCUGACGUUCUUGGUCGUCGCCGAGGGCAGCCUCGGCCGCCGCAUCCCCUUUGCGUUUCUCGUUGCCGUCCGCUCCCAGUUCUUUGCCGACUUCCCGCCCGCCCACACCGACUUUUCCGACCUGCCCAACUACGGCUGCGCCUCCUUUAACGGCACCCUCAAGGCCCUGCUCGUCCAGUUUGGCACGUCGUCCGAGGAGGACGCCCUGUCGUCCGUCCACCGCGACAUGGACGACGUCCGCGGCAUCAUGGGCCGCAACAUCGAGUCCCUGCUGGAGCGCGGCGAGCGCAUCGACCUGCUGGUGGACCAGACCGACCGCCUGGGCGGCAGCGCCCGCGACUUCCGUGUGCGCAGCCGCGGCCUGAAGCGGCAAAUGUGGUGGAAGAACGUCAAGCUCAUGGGCCUUAUGGGACUGGUGUUUGUGCUGGUGCUGUUGACCAUUGUCCUGUCGAAUGACGUUUUAGCGGUCGUGCUUCCCGUAAACCGCGCCAGUAAUGAAUACCACGCCAGCACGCGUCGCACUAACCGCGCCUCAGCCUAUGAAAUAGAAAGUGCACCUCCCAACUCAACCCAAAACGACAUCGGUCGGACUCGACAUCACCACGUGGACGACGCCAUACUGACCAGCCGAGCCAUCUAUCCUGGCACAGUGGCACUCUUUGCGUCACUACACGAUUCAUUGCGAUCCUCGCACAUACGACGUUCUUGUCCAUCGCCUCCUCCGCCUCUUGCUGCCGGCCCAUUCCCUACGUCUUGUUACUUUAUUAUUUUUAUCGCCAACAUGCCGUACAACACAACGGCCAUUCCACCUCGGAAAGAGCCUACGGGCCAGACCCAGCUGCCGCUCUCGAGAGUCCGCAAGAUCAUUGCCCUCGACCCGGAUGUGUCCAUCUGCUCUAGUAAUGCAGCCUUUGUCAUCACACUGGCGACCGAACUCUUCAUUCAGUACAUCUCCUCCGAGGCCGAGAACAUGGUCAAGCUCGACCGCAAACCCCGCCGCAACGUCCAGUACCGCGACCUCGCCAACGCCGUCAACCGCGUCGACCGCCUCGAGUUUCUCGAGGACACCGUCCCCGUCACCGUUCCCUUUGGCCGCAUCAAGCGCGACGCGGCUGCCGCGCAGGCGAAGCUGCGUAGCGGCGGCACCGUCGGCGGCGACACGACCGGCACAGGACCCAAAGGCCGGGGACGUGCAGCUGGCGGUGGUGGUGAGUCUGCUACUGGCGGAGGCGGCGGUUCGCGGAGCAAGGCCCGGUCAUCGACGGGCGGUGCACCACCCACGGCCAUCUCGGCCCUGAUGGCCAAUGGUGAGCCGGCAAGCGGCGGCGGCAGCGGCCCAGGCAAGAAGCGGCAGCAGGUGCUGUCCUUUAGCAUUCUCAACGGCGACGACGAACACGACGACGACACCCACACCCACACCGACAAGAACAACAACAACCACGGCGGUCGCGCGGGGCUGACAUUCCGCUCAGCGGCGCCCUCGUCCGGCGUGGCCGCCGCCGCCGCUCUGGCGCAAGCGGCGGCCGCGUCGGGCGCCGUGCAGGACGACUCGGGGCCCGACGCCCAGCUGGAGCAAGACAUGCAGCGGGCACGCGACGACGGCAGCGGACAGGGAGACGUGUCGCGGCGAGACGGCACGGCACGCCUCAUCGGGGCCGAUGUCGACAUGCUGGACAGCUAG